AUGUGGUCAGUGCUGUGCUGCUGAGCCAGCCCCCAGCUCACAUUACACACUACUGUAUUUAUAACCUCUCGAAGCUGUUUCCCCCUUCAAGCAGUUCUCUGGGACCACCUUCUAUUGGCUUCAACCUCUCCCACUUCUUGACAUCUGAGCAGCUCUGAGAACGGCUCAUCUAGGUCCGAGUGUUUAUGCAGCGGAGACUGGCCACUAGGGCUAAAGACCUGGAUUAUCUGAGCUCAGCUGCCUGCUGCAGAGUCUGUCGGUGCCGUUUUGGAAAAAAAAAUCCCAGCCCCGAUCUGUUUACAGUGAAAGUUGACAAAGGGUGGUGAAGUUGGAUCUUUUCUAAACUCUCCUGCCUGGAACCUGAGACUUGCAUGCCAUGGAUCACACACUCUUUGGCUGCCUGCGCAGCCCCCAUGCCACUGCGCAGAGCUUGCACCCUUUCUCCCAGUCUUCUCUUGCCCUGCAUGGAAGAUCUGACCACAUGUCCUACCCUGAUCUGUCUUCUUCUUCUUCCUCUUGCAUAAUAGCGGGAUACCCCAAUGAGGAGGGCAUGUUUGCCAGCCAACAUCAUAGGGGGCACCAUCACCAUCACCACCACCACCAUCACCACCACCAGCAACAGCAGCACCAAGCUUUGCAGACGAACUGGCACAUUCCUCAGAUGUCGUCUCCUCCCGCCGCGGCCAGGCACAGCCUCUGCCUUCAGCCUGACUCAGGAGGACCCCCGGAGCUGGGCAGCAGCCCCCCUGUCCUGUGCUCGAACUCUUCCAGCCUGGGCACCAACACCCCCACGGGGGCAGCGUGCGCGCCAGGGGACUAUGGCAGGCAGGCUCUGUCCCCGGUGGAAACAGAGAAGAGGUCCGGCAAAAGGAAAAGCGACAGCUCAGAUUCCCAAGAAGGCAACUACAAGACAGAGGUCAACAGUAAACCCAGGAAGGAAAGGACAGCUUUCACCAAGGAGCAAAUCAGAGAGCUAGAAGCAGAAUUUGCUCAUCAUAACUAUUUGACCAGGCUGAGAAGAUAUGAGAUAGCAGUAAAUCUUGACCUCACUGAAAGACAGGUAAAAGUUUGGUUCCAGAACAGACGGAUGAAGUGGAAGCGCGUAAAAGGGGGCCAGCAAGGGGCAGCAGCCCGGGAGAAGGAACUGGUGAAUGUGAAAAAGGGCACGCUGCUCCCCUCCGAGCUCUCCGGCAUCGGCGCCGCCGGGCUCCAGCACACGGGGGACUCUCUAGCCAACGACGACAGCCACGACAGCGACCACAGCUCCGAGCACGCACACUUAUGAUGCACACAGAGUGCCCCAGCUCCGUUCUCAGGAAAGAUGCUUUGCUGGCAAGCCUUACACAGGCAUCGUUUACUUAUGCAAGUGACUCUGGCAGUGAUCUUUAAAGUUGUUAUGGAAAAUUCAGGCUUAUUGUGUCUGCUUUUCUCGAUUCUUUGAUGGUUUACAGUAAGUGCCAUGUCUUAAAGGUGCCUCAAGAGUGGAGAAGUGGAAGACAAACUUACUUUGAACAUUCCAGAUUUGUUUGUCGUUUUUAUGACAGCGGGCAGGUAUUUUUGCUUAAGCUUGCACUGAAAAUUACAUUGCUCUCAAAGACGUUAUAUCCUGAAAACCACAGUGCCACAAAAUCACUAUCUAGUGGAUAAGAAUUGUAUUUUAACUCUGUAUAUAUUUACCUUACAGCAUUUUUCUGUCUUCACUAAUUUUUAGCAAUGCAUUCAUAUUAGUUGAUGGCAAUAGUCACUCAUGACAAUAAAUGGCUUUUUGUCUCUAUAUCUUUGUUUUGUUUUACCAAAGACAUACAAUAAAUGCAGAUACUUUUGUUCAAGUAGAGAACAAUACAAUAGUGUCUGCUAGGACACAUCCUUGUAUGACAGACAAAACAAACCUUAUGUUGCAUUUACUAUCAACUGCUGCUAAUAGGGUAUUAUUAAAUUUACCUAGCUCCUCAAUUCUUCCUAUCUUAUAACUGCAAAAAGUGAUUUUAACAAUCAUAAGGAUAGUCCAGUAACCUGCCAAAAAUGUCAUGUUCCACUCAUGCUCAGUGGAAACUUUUCAAAGGAUUAGUCGUCUCUACUUUGUCAUAAUUGAGUACAUUGAUAAAUGCUGAAACUCUGCAGAAAUGUUGUUGCUUCAUGUUCACUUUGAAAAAACAGCAGCUAAACUGAAAGCUAUUAUCAACUGCUUAUGUUGGCAGAAAUCAAAAUAUGAAGGUAACUCUGUAUUGUGUGCCAUGUGUAAAAUCAAGACAUAAUUUCUGUUAUAAGCUUUUGUGUACAUACAGGCAAAUACCAAACCCCAAAAUUUAAUGCAAACCAUUGAUUGUACUUUGUAAAGAAAUAUGUUUAAUAAAUAAUCCUUUUUAAAUAACUCUGGUCUCUCUAUAGUGAUUACAUAGGACUCUAAAAGUGAUUUUUGCCUAAGCAGCUCUGUCUCUUUUUGUGUCUUUUGGAACUUCGUCUGGGGACAACACAAAGCUGUUUUCAAACUUAGGCUUUUAAUCUUGGACAAACCUUCUACCUUGAUCCAUUUGGGAAACUCUUUCCUUUAGCAGGAAAAAUUUAACUAGCAGCGAAUGAUGUCUUCAGCCAAAACCAACAAGACUUUGUUCCAUCAUUUUUCCAUAUUUAAAGCAAAUGUAAAGGGUUAUUUUGUAGAACUUGUUGAAAUGGAUGAAAGGGAAUAAAUUUAAGGAAGGGAUGCAUACUUAUAUUAAUCAUGCCUUUGUUUAAUAAAGUUGUUUAAUAUAAAAACUCAAAGCAUCUCCUCAAAAAUUCAGAGAUUAAUUGGACUGGGUAGUGUGAUAGAAGGAAGUGGGUGAAAAAAAGAGAGAGCAAGAAAUAUGCACAUCCUAGCAGGUACUUGUGAGCAUUCGCUGAAACUCUGCUAUGUGGAGCAGUAGGGCAUCAUGAAAAUUAAAUGCAAUCAAGAAAUCUGUGUCUAUUUUCCAAUUCCUUUCCACUGCAAGUUUGAUCUUUCUUGCACAUUAAUUCUUGCCUUGACCAUUUUAGUUUAAAAUAUCCAAUCAAUGGGUAAUUCAUUUUUUAAAAGACUUCAGAACAUUUUAUUGAUUGCAGCUUAAGGGGCUUUGCAUU